AUGAAUUCCCGUUUCAUACUACAGAUUGCUCGGUGUGCGCCCACUUUAAGAUCAUCUACCCUCACGAGGUCACCUAUCCGCAACAUCUCUACCUCUACACCUCAAACCUCCAAGUCGUCACCGUGGACCCGCCGUCUGAUUUACGCUGGGAUAUUUGGAGCGCUUGGAGUAUGGAGUGGCUCAAGAGUCGAUUCCUUCUUCUCGACACCUCCAGAGCCAGGGUCAGCGGAGGAUCAGAAGGCAUUGCAAGCAAUCCAGAGGCAAUUCGAUGUCGCUGUUCCAAUCGUGAGAGAACUGCGCCGAAAUCCCGAUUACGUGGAAUCAGGCGUCUACGGGGACUUUGAAGAAGAGAAUAAACGCCACAGGUUGACUUCCGGUCCUUUGGCUGGAAGCAGAGGUCUAGCACUUCAGAGGGUUUUCUCAAAUGAUUCCGAAAAGAAGAUUAUUAGUGUAGUCUACUUCGGCCACGCUGUGGAGGGAUGGCCCACCAUGGUCCAUGGAGGUGCUUUGGGAACUGUCAUCGAUGAGAAUAUGGGACGAACUGCUCUGAGACACUUCCCUGCUCGCACGGGAGUCACUGCAAAUCUUAACAUCAACUACCGCGCUCCCGUUUACUCAGGACAGUUUUACACCUUCCAUACACAGUUGGAUCAGGAUCGGAGCACAGACCUCAAGGGCUAUGUCUCCUGUCAAGUGCGUGACCAGACAGGUCAACUUUGUGUCGAAGCAACGGGUCUUUUCGUAGUCCCGAAGAAGUUUCAACUUGCAAAGAUUGGGGAUCGUUUUUAA